CAAUGGCGAUCUGAGACGGUUCGUGUGAUCUGUGGCGACUACCUCGCUCCCGUUACUCGAGGCCCCGCGGAACGCCGAGAGUGCGAAAUUGCGUUCACCGCGGUUGUGUACGCGCGCCCGUGAAUGCGCGGCCAACUCGCGACACCGAGAAGUGCGUUGCGCGCCAGGCGCAAGCCGGAAUUGCAUACAGACAGAUCGCUCGUCCCGCUAAAGCCAACAGUAGUGGUGCAGCAACAGCGGCGGCGGCAGCAGCAACAACAACAAGCCGCAGCCUCGACAACGACGACGACGACGACGACGACGACGGCGGUGGCGGCGGCUAAACGGCGAUUCGACGCAUCACGGAUACACAGUGCCGGUGUUACUCCGGCCGAGAAACGAUCGUGCCAUGUAAACGAUCGCGUCGUCGCGUCCGCUAUAAUGCGCUGUGGGUUAAUGUUAAUUACUUGCCACGAAAAUCCAGUGGUGCUGGCAUGAUAAAAUAAGGGAAACGAAGGAAAUGAGCCACAAUAUUGCGGGCAUGCCACCCUUCACAAGGAUGCCAUUGGGGGGUAUGGGAAUGGGUGUGAAUAUGGGCCCCAACGGUCCACAUCCUGAUUCUUCUGCUCACCCCCAUCCACCACCGCCACCACCAGCUGGUGCUAAUCCUAAAAAGAAAAGGCGUACGAAUGCAAGUGUUGCCCAACCACCUCCGCAACAACCUCCAUCUGUACAGGACCUACUACCCCCACCCUUAACUGGUUACGGCGACACAAUAGUAGCGAGUAAUCCUUUCGACGAUACGCCCCCGCAAACACCGCAGAGUCCAAUGAUGCAUGGCGCGCCUUCACAUAUGCAUCAUCAUCCGCAUCACAUGGGUGGCCCUCCUAUGCGAGGCAUGAGCCCUUUAACCACGAUAGGUGGCAUGAGCCCUAUGAUGCCACAUAACAUGGGCAAUAUGAGUCCUAUGGGUAAUUCGCCUAUGACAAAUCACAUGAAUCACAUGGGAGCUAUGUCUCCUAUGAAUCAUGCUCCUAUCGGAGGCAUGAGCCCCAUGAAUAACAUGGGCCCGAAUAUGCCUCCUGGUCCAAUGAACACCAUGAAUAAUCACAUGAAUAUGAGUCAUAUGGGAAAUUCGCAACUAAGUGGUCCACCCAUGGGUAGUCCAAUGAAUAAUAUGAAUAGUGGGCCUAUGGGUAGCCCAAUGAAUAAUAUGGGACACAAUAUGGGCAGUCCUAUGGGUGGACCUUUAGGUUCUCCAAUGAAUAUGGGAGGAUCUAAUCACAUGCCUAAUGGACCAAUGAACAUGAACAACAUAAAUAGCCAUAUACCGCCCAAUAGUCCAUUAAAUGGACCAUCAUUAAACAAUGUAAACAGUCCUCUAGGACACAAUGGAUCUCAACCUCAUCCGAAUCACAUGGGAAACAAUCUUAAUAACUUAGGAAGACCUAUGAACGGACCUAUGACAACCAUGAGUUCGAUGGUAUCGAGCAACAUGAAUAUAACCGGGCCAAAUCAGAUAAACAACAUGAAUAUGGGUGGUCCAGGAAUGAAUAAUAUGUCUAAUAUGAACAUUAGUCAUCACAAUCAAAUGGGAAGUCAUAUGGCAGGUCCAAUGGGUUCUAUGUCUAAUAAUAUGGGUGGUGGGCCACCAAUGGGACAUCCUAUUAAUUCCAUGGGAGGAUCUAUGCCGCCUCACGGAUUUCAAGGUCCGCCAGGAAUGGGUCCAAAGCCAAUGCCAAUUUCUGCGGGCAAAAUAUAUCCUCCAGAUCAGUCAAUGGUAUUUAAUCCACAAAAUCCUAAUGCGCCACCAAUUUACCCCUGUGGAAUUUGUCAUAAAGAAGUACACGACAAUGAUCAGGCAAUUCUAUGCGAAUCAGGUUGUAAUUUUUGGUUUCAUAGGAGCUGCACAGGAUUGUCGGAAUACGCUUACCAAUUAUUAACGGCAGAAGUCUAUGCAGAAUGGGUGUGUGAUAAGUGUUUGCAAUCGAAGAACAUACCCUUGGUUAAGUUUAAACCAUAACACUUCGUGUCUCGUCGUUCAUGCGACGCUCCAGUGACUAUUUGUUAGCGUUUAUAUGUGGUACACGCACAUGUACGUGUGCAAUUGUGCACACGUAACACAUGCACACAGACACACUCUAGCACAUAUUAGUGCACGUGCGAAGUCGUGCAUUCAAUAUAAAAAUACGCUGUUUGUUAAUAACUUAGUUUUAACUUGUUGAAAUAUUAGGAUAUCAUUGUAAGUUGUAUCGAUGAAUAUGAAAGCAGAGAUAACAUUCAGAUGUCAUUUUAAUUAAUUAAGUCUGUUUAUAUGACAAAUGGGUUCAUACACAUAAAAUUAAAUUAUUAAAUAUUGAAUCUCAGCAAAUAGCACCAAAAUAAUUGGUAUAUAUUUUUUCUUAUUUAAAAGAAUAAAAUAUUUUAAAAGCAUUUGUGGUAGAAGGUAUUAAAUACGAUUUUAAAAAUAUUAAAUUUUUUUCAUAUUUAAAUAUCAAAUUUUAUAUUUAAAUAACAAAAUACCCAAGAUUUGAAGGACUUUGUAUUUUUAUGAUUAAUUGCAUUUAAUUCGAAAUCAAUGAUACCCUACAUGUGGUAUUAACAAAGCAGACGUAAGACAUACGAGAUGAGCUGCGAACAAUUUUGCAUCAUCCUUGUUUUUGUCCUGUAUAAACGUUCCUGAUAAACAUCAUAAUAAAUGUUAUCAUCUCCGCAAUUGAUAUUUAAAUGUGAUUUGUAAAAUUAAUUUGUACGAGUACCAUUUGUCAUCAGAGCUAUCGUGCAUCAAUUGUGAUUUUUUAAAAACAUUUUUGGAAAUAUAUGAACAGAUUAAGAUUAAAAUCACAUAAUGUAUUGAUCAUAGAGAUCAUAUAUAGAAGACACGUAUGUUACUUAAAUUUAUUUUCGGUUUAUUGCAGAUAACGAAUAUAUCACCUUUAUCAUGCAGAUGAUAUAUUUAUUGUGAUACAAAUUAUACUGAUUGAUUGAAGGUUAAGCAUAAGAGUGCAGUUGUCCUAUUUUUAUUGUUAAAUUUACAUGUUUUAUUAAAUUUAAGUAUAUGACUUAAUACAAAUCAGCAUGAAUGGAAUUAUGCUAAUUUCAUUCGAGAAACGGAAUUAUACAAACACAAGUAUAGUGCAUUGAUAUACUCCCAGGCGUAAACGCUGCAAUUCUUAUAUUUUUAUAUGUCAUAUUUUAGUAUAAAGAAGACCAUGGUAAAUUUGAUUUUAAUAAUUCUGGUUUUUUAAUCUCUUAACUUUUCCAAAUCUAAUUAAAAACAAUUUUUAUUUAAUUGAAUAUUUUUAUUUUUAUAUAUAAAAUAAAAAUGAAAAUGAAAUGAAAAGUAAUAUGACAGAAAUUUUUUCAUAUGCAUAAAUUUUUUGCAGUUUUUGAAAUGACCUAAUAGCAAAUUCGGUUGGAUGCGUGAUACAUGCAUUAGCACACAUUUAAAGGCUGUUGUACACAUAUAAUGUAAAGUAAUGUACAACGUAUAAAGAUUGAAUAAUGUUUGAUAAAAUGUAUGUUGAAUAUUUUUUAUCAAUCCAAGAUACUUAUGCUUUUACACUUAGAUUGAUGGUACAACAGGCUUUAUAAUUUUGCGCCAGUAUUAAUUUAAUCGAAUUUGCAACAAGCAAGCUGAAUUAUAUAUAUAUAUAUACAUAUAAAUUUAAGUUUUAAAGUAAUUUUUUUAAUUUCUUUUCAUAUUAAUCAUAAUUUGGUUAAAUUAUAUUGUUGCCAUGGUUUAACUCUUGAUUUAACUGCGGUUAAAUUAGGAUAUAAGAAAUAUAUAUCUCUAAAGUUGUGUAAAAAAUUUUUAUGAAAAUAUGUUUUAUUUAUAAAGCAAUCUUUAAUGAGAUUGCUUACGCACACAGCAGGAAUUUAUUUGACUGAUAUUAACAUGCAGAUUUUUCCACUGUAACAGAAGAUUUUAUAUAACUCAAUAGAAAUUCAAUAGAAAAUAUAGGAUCAGCGUAAGCCUCUAAUGUUUAGGCAGAGUUAAAGUGCAAAAUGAAAUUGUUAAAAACUAAUUAAAAUUGUAAUUGCAUUUUUGGAAUUGCGCUACAGGUAACAUGUCUUUUGCUAAUAUUUGCUUUUAUAAUUUGCCAUGUAUCUAAAUUCGCUGCUUAUCUAUAAAUAAACGAUAAUAUGUAGCGAAUUUUAGUAGUGCAAAUAAAGACUGUUGUACGCAAAGUGACAUAAAGGCAUACCAUAGUGCAUACAUUGUUGGAUUAAUAUUCAUGCUCGGUGAUUUCAUUGAUAGCUACAUAGGACGUUUUUACUGUUCAAGGCGCCUGUACUAUAUCUAUUUAGAUAAAUUAAUGUACAACAGACCUUGAUCUGCACUAGUGCGUUCUAUCAAAUUGGUUAAAUUAAAAAUAUUUCGAAAAAAAAACAAUAUAAAGUCUCUCAACUUCAUGAUAAAGGAAUCUGCACAUUUAACAAUUUUAACUAGCUAGUGUAAUUUUCGCAUCUGCCAGAUUUAUUACAGUAUCGACGAUAUUAAAAAAAGAAUUAAGCGUAUUAUUGUCAGAAGAUUAACUGUUGAAACAAGAACACUAAAUUCCGUCGGCAGCUAACACAAAAUUAUCGUCUACGGAUUGUAUAGUUUUUUAUAUGUAUAUGAAAUAUUAGCCAGAUAUAUAUAUAUAUAUAUAUAUUAUUUAAUGCCUGUAUUACACGGAGAUCUGAUUUGACGAAAACAAGUGGAAAUGUAUUGAAAUAAUUAAUGCUGCUAUACCUCAAUUAGAUGGAUUUACUAAUUUGCUCAAUAUAAAAUUACAAAUUUAAUUUUAGAUUGAGAAGUUAAUUUUAGACCACAAUUUCUCCAUCUAAAAUUAAAUUAUUUUCUACUCGAAGUCUCCGUAUAAUUCAUGCCUUAAGCUUGUUUUACUAUAAUCGUUUUAACACAUAUUAUAUGUGAGUAACAUACACAGGAUCCUACAUAAUGCUCAUAUUUUAGUAUUACAACGAAUAGGAUACCAUCUUCACAUAUCUUCUUUCUAUAUUUUCUCGCGCGGGAAGGAAGGUUAUGCUAAAAACCUUAACGUUGCUUUUAUCACAAAAGUUUUAAAAAAUGCAGGGGAUUAAGCGGAAGACUUACACAGAUAAUGUCAAUGGCCGAAGUGGAUGUAAUCAUUUUCUAGUACAAAAAGUAAAUGAGCUGUAAUUUAAGUGACUAAAGCUAAUGUUUAUCUUUCACAGAAUUAAGUCAUAAGUAAUUAUAUAAUUUUAAAGAGACGAUUGCUACACGCGUCCAUUUGUGACAUGGAGCAUCCAUCUCAAUAUAUGUCGCAUAAUUCCUUUCUUCGUUAUGUUGAUAAUGAUUUUGAAUAUGUAUUUUACACGACAAUAGAGCUUAACCCCCUCUUGUAAAAUUCUGUUAGAAACAAAUGCAUUUUAUAUAUGUCCAA